AUGAAAGAGUCGGACCAAACCAGAGACCUGAGCUGGGACCUGGACCAGACUGUGGACGUCCUCCGUCUGCGGGGACGUCUCUGUCUGGACGCUCUGGACUUCACUGACCUGUGGGACGAAGAGGACAGCGGCGAGGACGAGAGCGGCGCCACGGCCACGUGCGCCGCCUCCAGGGGGCUCUCCAGACUUCCCUCUCCCCCGCCGCCUCCUCCUCUGCCCCCUCCGCUCCCCGUCCCGUCCGCAGAUAAGACAAACACACUGAAGUUACACUGGAGGGCGCUGCAGAGCCUCCCCGUCCUGCCCAGACUCACGCGGUUUGGGGCGGAGACUAUAUGGGCGGGGCUAGAGCCGGUGCAGGUGGACGCCAACAGACUGGAGUACCUGUUCGAGAGCAAAGGGGGCGGGGCCAACUUCAGCCUCACCUGUGCACAGAAGAAGUCGUCGUGCGUCAGCGUUUUGGGCGUGAAACGUUCAAACAUCGUGACCAUCGCCCUGAGCAGUCUGCCCCCGCCCCACCUCCUGCCCCCCGCCAUCUACAGCAUGGACGACAGCGUCCUGGACCGCGAGGACAUCCAGCGUGUCCAGAGCCUCGUGCCCACAGAGGAGGAGGUGCGUGUGGUCAGAGAGGCCCGGAGCCUGACCCCCCUGCAGCCCCUGGCUCCGGCUGAGCUGUGCCUCCUCACUCUGGGGGAGGUGCCUCACCUCCGCACCAGGCUCCAGCUCUGGGCCUUCGCUCUCGACUACGACUCCAUGGAGAGAGAAAUCGCGGAGCCUCUUUUCCACCUGAAACUGGCCAUGGAGCAGCUCUCGGACAGCGCCACCUUCAGAUGGAUCCUGGCCACGGUCUUAGCCAUCGGGAACUUCCUCAACGGAUGCAAAGCGCGCGGCUUUGAGCUCAGUUAUUUGGGGAAACUGUCUCAGGUGCGAGACACUCACUCCCGACGGCCGCUCCUCCAUCACGUCUGCUCCCUGCUCCUCCAGAUUUACCCACAAUCCUCAGACUUCUACUCCGACAUCACCGCGGUGACCAGAGCCGGGAAGUGUGAUUACUCACUCGUCCAGUCCAACCUCCGUCAGCUGGAGGCCCAGUGCAAAGCAUCAUGGGAGCAGCUGAGGACGCUGGACAAGGAGGACGAGAAGAGGAGGAAGGAGCAGAGAGGAGAGAGGAGGAGGAGCCACGAGGAGCCGUCCUCACAUGGGACGAGACGGAGACUUCCCAGGUUCCUCAGAGACUGUGAGGACAGACUGGACGUGCUGCGAGCCGUGCACCGCAGGGUCAUCAACAGGUUUCACUCGUUCCUGUUGUUUUUGGGGUACUCUCCAUCCCUGAUCCGGGACACCCGACCUGAGGAUUUCUGCAAAACCAUCAGUGACUUCUCUUUAGAGUACAGAGCCAUGCACCAGACCAUCCUCCAGCAGAGAGAGAAGAAGGACGGAGAGAAGGACGGAGAGAAGGACGGAGAGAAGGACGGAGAGAAGGACAGAGAGAAGGACAGAGAGAAGGACGGAGAGAAGGACAGAGAGAAGGACCGAGGGAAAGACCGAGAGAAGGAGAGACAGAGAGGGGGGAGGGGAGGUACUCCAAAGGGCCAGAGGAGGAACCAUCUUAUGUCAACCACACAGGACUCUGAGGAGCACAGGACACUGGAGGACGUUCUACAAACUGCAGAGUCUUUGUCCCGACUGGACGUGACGCUCCCUCGGAACAGACGCCGGAAAAACGAAGGACACGGUGCAAAAUCACGAAAACUCAAGUGGUAUUGAUCUUUCUCGUUAUGUCUUUGGUUAAUCCUGCUGCAGAAGAAGUCACUUGUCCUGCUCUGUUCACUGC